CGACAAUGUUACAGACACCCGUUGAGAAUAGGUCACUAAAUCUAUGGCGUAAAUUUAACAAUUACAUCCUUAUGAUUGGAGACCAAGACAUCACUAAAUUGCUUUAUCUAAACCGAAUGACCAACGCUCAAAUAUGGCUGAUUUUUAUAGCAAUGAUAAAACUUUAGUGCCGUCUUUUAUUAGAAGUAAAUUGCUGACAGGAAGUUGAACAGCUGAUCUGAGUUCUGCCUCUCCGGCCAACGAGUCGACACAGACUGCGAUUAAACUGAUUAGAAGUCAGUUUUUCGCCAGCACGUCGUCCAGGGAAUCAGGAAACCACACUUGCAGCAACUGUUUGUCAGCGUUUGUCGAAAAAAACGAAAUGGACAAACUUCGUCGUGUCUUAAGUGGCCAAGAAGAAAAUGAGGAGUUAGGUCUCACUGCACAAGUCCUUGAUGCCAGCACGCUCAGCUACAGCACCAGGGUGAAAUGGUUUGUCAUAUGCUUUGCUGGAGGCAUCCUGUGCUCCAUCCUCGGCUCAGCUCUGCUGUUCCUUCCCAAUGGUAUAAAACUUUUUGCCGUCUUCUACACAUUAGGGAAUAUUGCUGCUCUCUCCAGCACCUGCUUUCUGAUGGGACCACUAAAACAGCUGAAACGCAUGUUUGAACCAUCAAGACUGAUAGCCACCAUUGUUAUGCUGCUCUGCCUCAUCUUAACACUUUGUGCAGUGUUUUGGUGGCAUAAAAAGGGAUUGGCUAUCAUCUUCUGUAUUCUGCAGUUUUUGGCGAUGACCUGGUAUAGCAUCUCUUACAUUCCAUUUGCUCGGGAUGCAGUGAUCAAGUGCUUCACAACAUGCCUGAGUUAGAAGUCAAGAGUCCACAAUUUCCUUUGAGAACUGGUCCAAACAUGACUCCUGUAACAGUGAUUUUGUAAAAUAUACAUUUAUAUUGUUUUUAUGUUAUUCCUACCAUUCUUUUGACUUUCUGUCACACUGUGAAUUCUUGCUUUUCCAGCUAAACGUAUUUAACUUCAUCAGAUUCUAACACUCUUUUUCUGUGCCUUUAUUCUUUCAGAUAUUUAAGAUGUUCCAUGUGUGCCUUUUUUCAAGAGUUGCAAACACUGUGCAGGGAACUGAUUUUGACUUUGUGUUAUCCAUUAGGAAUUGCUUUAAGACCUUAAUAUAUAAAUAUCUCUUCAUGUUUAUACCAAACGCACAAAUUCACACAUGUAAGGCUUUGUUCACUUACCCAUGAAUGAUUUUAAAUAGAUGUUUUUCUUAUUCAAAGGAAAUAACAUCCAAACCAUUUUUUUCCUUGUCUUUGAAGCUUACUUGUGUGAGAUGGCUCUCAGAUAUUCUGGUAUGUUAUGUGAUUACUUCUCCUGUGGCGGUUUCUGAGAUGUGCAUUGCCCACAUCUCUUUUGAGGAUUUUCUUUUCAGCUAAUGAGAUUAAAAUGCAGCGUUGUGUCUGGCCUGACAGUCUUAAACGUGCAGUUUCACACAAUUGCACCCCCCUGCUAUUAAACUGCUUUUCAAAAAAGAAAAGCUUCUUUUUUUAAUGUGAUUUACGGCCAUAUGUAGCAGUGACCCAGUUAAUCACGCUUUCCUGAGCAUUGUGAUUUUGACAUGACCUAAUAACCCAGCUUGCAUCCUUCCCUAUAUUGCUUCGGCAUGUAGCCUUUGAGGAUGUGGUUGUCAUGACAACCUCCUCUGGAGGAUGCCUUGCCUCUGCCUACCCCUAUUUGUGGAGCAGAUGUUCACAUUAUCUCUAGGUACCCUUUAUGUGUGGAGUCCCCUGGACCAGCAGGUUUAAAUAUGGUAACAUCUUUUGCUUGUACAUUUUUAUGCUGUAUGUGAUCAUUUCAAACGACAGAAUUAGCUUCAGAGCAUGACUCGUGGUGUUGGACUAUUUGCUCCACAUAAUUAUAUAUGAAUGUAUUUUAAAUGUUGCGUAACCCCACGUAGUUAUUAUAUGAUUGUAUAAUACGCUGGCUUAGCAUGAACAAAAUCUCCUUCCAGUUCCCGUGCUUGUUUAACUUGUUUUGAAGGGGGCCCAACAAAUCCCUCUAAGUCAUCUUAAGGAUGAAAUCAUUAUUUUGAAUGAGCAGAGUGUGCUUGUAUCUGUGAUUGGUUUUCUCCUAAAGUUUGAGGUUGAAGGGGAUGUACCCUGACCUAUGCAAUCUGCUGAAGUGUCCCUCUAAAUUCCCCUUCAUUACAUCUAAUCCGCGGUUAUGUCAGGGGAUCCCACACACCCAGUGAAAUUACACAAUAGUGCGCCUUCUCCAAAGAUUAAGGCUCCAGAUUUUCUUUCAAAGAAGAAUAAAUGACUUGUGUUAUGAGGGAUUUUCUUGUCGUGCUCAGAUUCCUGGAACAAAACAGUCCUUGGGCUAAAAUAAGGUUUUGUUUUGUUGGCCAGAACUAUUAAAUAAAACUUGAAUGGCAAAAGACAUGGAGAUGACAAUACU